CCUUUGGUUCAUGUAUCAUCGUCGUCACUCGUCACACACUCAGUCAGGAGUCAGGACUCAGCAGCUAGCCUCGUCCUGCUCAGCCCAAUCGCCGGCCCAGUGCCCCGCGCCACAGCAGCGGAGCCUACCAUGGUCAUGGCAGCAGCCGUCGCUCUCGCUCACUUCCUCGGAGCGGCAUUGCCGCUACUCCUCUGUGGAGCAGCAGAGGCGGGCGAGGUGGGCGUGAACUACGGGAGGGUGGCGAACGACCUGCCGGACCCGGCGUCGGUGGUGCAGCUGCUCAAGCAGAGCGGCAUCACCAUGGUGAGGCUGUACGACGCGAAUCCCAAGGUGCUGACGUCGCUGGCCAACACGGGCAUCAAGGUGAUGGUGAUGCUGCCUAACGAGGAGCUGGCCGCCGCGGCCUCGGACCCGUCCUACGCGCUCCAGUGGGCGCGGGCCAACGUGGCGGCGUUCUACCCGGCCACGCACAUCCACUGCGUCGCGGUGGGCAACGAGGUGUUCGACUCCAGGCCGGACCUGAACUCGAACCUCGUCCCGGCCAUGGCCAACGUGCACGACGCGCUGGCGCAGCUGGGCCUGGCCGACGCCGUCAAGGUGUCCACGCCGGUCGCCUUCUCGGCGGUCCAGGACUCGUACCCGCCGUCCGCGGGCAGGUUCCGGGACGACAUCGCGCAGAGCGUGAUGAAGCCCAUGCUCGGCUUCCUGGACAGGACAGGCUCCUACCUCACCAUCAAUAUCUAUCCGUACCUGGCGUACGCCGAGCACCCGGACCAGAUCUCGCUCGACUACGCCCUGGGGAACCCAAACCCCGGCGUGCGCGUCGACGACGACGACACGGGCAGCAUCGCGCUCGACGACGACAAUGGCGUAACGUACCACAGCCUCCUGGACGCCCAGCUCGACGCCACGUACUACGCCAUGGAUGCCAUGGGGUUCACCAGUCUGAAAGCACAUGUUGGGGAGACUGGGCAUCCGUCUGGAGGAAGGCCCAGACCCGGCCGGAGGCCGCCUCGCGGAGGCCGGAGGCAUUUGGUGGCCGGGGACGACGACGGGUACCCCGUCGCCUCGAUAGCCAAUGCCCACGCAUACGUCAACAACGUCAUCAACCGCGUGCUGUCCGGCAACACGGGCACCCCGCACCGGCCCGACGCGGACAUGGACGUCUACAUCUUCGCGCUUUUCAACGAGAACCAGAAAGGCGACGGGCCGGACGACAUCGAGCAGAACUUCGGGCUGUUCUACCCGAGCGAGCAGAAGGUGUACGAAUUCGACUUCCACCACGGCGGCGGCGGCGGCGGCGGCAGUGGCGGCGCGAAGGCGAGCUGGUGCGUGGCGAACGCGGCCGCUGGGGACUCACGGCUGCAGGCGGCGCUGGACUACGCGUGCGGCCACGGUGCGGACUGCAGCGCCAUCCAGCCCGGCGCGGCGUGCUACGAACCCAACACCAAGCUCGCGCAUGCCUCCUAUGCACUCAACGACUAUUACCAGCGGAAAGGGCGGGCCAGCGGGACUUGUGACUUCGCCGGUGCCGCCAACGUCGUCUACCAGGCGCCAGCCGACACCUGCAGCGCGGCAAAGGCGAGCUGGUGCGUGGCGAACGCGGCCGUGGGGGACUCAAGGCUGCAGGCGGCGCUGGACUACGCAUGCGGACACGGCGCGGACUGCGGCGCCAUCCAGCCCGGCGCGACGUGCUUCAAGCCCAACACCAAGGCCGCCCACGCCUCUUACGCGUUCAACGACUACUACCAGCGCAAUGGCCGGGCAAGCGGGACGUGUGACUUCGCCGGCGCUGCUUCCGUUGUCUACCAGGAACCAGCUGGCGAGAUAUAUAUAGGCGCCUGCGAUGCCAAGUCGAGCUGGUGCGUUGCGAACGCGGCCGUUGGGGACGCGCGGCUGCAGGCCGCACUGGACUACGCGUGCGGCCACGGCGCUGACUGCAGCACCAUCCAGCCCGGUGCCACGUGCUUCGAACCUAACACUAAGGUCGCGCACGCCUCGCAUGCGUUCAACAGCUACUACCAGCGAAAUGGCCGAGCCAGCGGGACCUGCGACUUCGCCGGCGCCGCCUCCGUCGUCUACCAAGCGCCAGAUGGACAAAUCUUGGAUCAACAGUAGGCUUUUUAGCGAGCAAUAUAUCACAGGAGUGAGGGGUUUUAUGAAGUUAAUUUCAGAGCGAUUUGAUGAUAGUGAGGAGGUACUAUGUCCAUGUAGAAAGUGUUUGAAUCGGCUUGCCAAACCUAAGUCACAGAUACAGGAUCAUUUAUAUAUUCAUGGAAUGGUGAGCACAUACACUACAUGGAUACAUCAUAGGGAAGAACAAUUGGAUGCUGAACUGAGUGAACAAGCUGGCCAUCUACAUGAACAUUAUAGUAUGAAUGAGGAUGUUUGUAUGAAUGAGCCUGAAAACCCUGAAGAUAGAUUGCCUGAUAUGGUACAAGAUUUUUUCAGAGCUGAAGAGGGAGGUGCACAAAAUUCUAUGUUUGCAGUUGUAUUGGAUGAGAUGAAGCAAGAACUUCACCCAGGUGCAUCAUACACAAGAUUUUCUUUUGUAGUGAAGUUACUUCAUAUCAAAUCUCGUUACCGGAUCAGUAAUGUUGCCUUCUCUGCUAUUCUAAAGUUGUUGUCAUUGGCUUUCCCACAUUGUUCUGUACCAACAUCUUAUAAGGAAGCUAAGAAACUUAUUAAAGCAUUGGGACUUGGAUAUGAGUCAAUCCAUGUGUGUCCUAACAAUUGUGUUUUGUUUCGAAAGGAUUAUGCAAAAAAUAAUGAGUGCCCAGUGUGUGGUUCAUCAAGAUGGAAAGAUGGUGAACAAAGAAAUAAGAGCCCUCAGAAGGUGUUGCGACAUUUUCAUUUGAUUCCUAGAUUGAAGAGGAUGUUUGCUUCAGAAAAAAACUCUGAGGAUGCACAAUGGCACAAGUUGAAGAGGAAAGAAGUGGAAAAUGAGCUUAGCCAUCCAGCUGAUGGUCAGGCAUGGAAAGACUUUGAUAGAAAACAUAAUUGGUUUGGAGAAGAUCCUAGAAAUAUAAGGCUUGGGCUUGCCACAGACAGUUUUAAUCCCUUUGGCAAAAUGAGCUCCUCUUACAGUAUGUGGCCAGUUUUUGCUAUCCCUUAUAACUUUCCUCCAUGGGUAUGUAUGGAGCAAUGGAACUUCAUGAUGUGUCUACUCAUCCCUGGUCGGGAAUGUCCGGGAAAAGAUUUUGAUGUAUUUCUACAACCACUAGUUGAUGAGUUACAACAACUUUGGUUGGGUGUUUCUACUUUUGAUGCAUUGAGUAGAAGGGAUUUUGAUCUACAUGCUGCUGUAAUCUGGUGUAUUCAUGACUAUCCUGGUUUGAGCACUUUGUCUGGUAGAGUUACAAGAGGAUACUAUGCUUGUGUACAUUGUGACAAAGAUCCUUGCUCUAAAAGAAUAAGAAAUAAAAUAUGUUAUAUAGGUCAUCGACGUUGGCUUCCACAUGACCAUCCAUGGAGGAAAAAGAAGGAUUAUGAUGGCCAAAUUGAGAAACAUGAGAAGCCGCAUCAAUUUAGUACCAAUGAGUUGAUGCAGCAAUUGGAAAGGGUCAAGGAAGUUAAAGCAGGGAAACAUCCAAACAACAAUAAGAGGAAGCGAGAUGCAAAUGAUGGUCAAUGUUGGAAGAAACGGUCGUGCCUGUGGGAUUUGCCAUAUUGGAUAGAUUUGAAGCUGCGCCAUAACCUUGAUGUAAUGCACAUUGAAAAAAAUAUAUGUGAGUCUUUGCUUGGUACAUUUCUUGCUCUUCUAGGAAAGUCAAAGGACAGUAUUAAUGCAAGGCUUGAUUUUGAAGACAUGUGCAUAAGAAAAGAUUUACACUUGAAGCAUGAUGGAGGUUCCUAUGUGGUUCCUCAUGCCCCCUAUACAAUGGAUAAAAAUCAAAAGGUAGCAUUUUAUGAUUUUUUGAGAAGUGUAAAGUUUCCAGAUGGUUAUGCUUCUAACCUAGCAUCAUGCAUCACUGCUGAUGGAUGCAACCUCCAAGGCUUGAAAACUCAUGAUUGCCAUAUCAUACUUCAACGGAUUUUACCAGCUGCUCUCCGAGGAAUAAUGAACAAUGAAAUAUAUGUAGCAAUUGCUGAACUAGGUAACUUCUUCCAGCAACUAUGUGCUAGGACCCUUAAAUUAGAUGUUCUGCACCAAAUGAAAGAGAAUAUCCCAAUUGUCCUAUGCAAGCUUGAGAAAAUAUUCCCCCCCUCAUUGUUUGAUGUUAUGCUCCACUUGUCGAUACAUUUACCUGAUGAGGCAAUACUUAGAGGACCAGUCCAAUAUGGUUGGAUGUACCCCGUAGAAAGGAGGUUAUACACCUUGAAACAUUCUGUGAGGAAUAUGGCACGACCUGAGGGUUCAAUUGCAGAAGCAUAUGUUGCUAACGAAUGUUUGCAUGCAUCUUCAAGGUAUUUUGAUGAUCUUGAGACAAGACACAAUUGUGAGGGAAGGAAUAGAGAGCAUGUUGAUAUGAGUAAGGGUGGUAUAUCUGUUUUCCAACAUGGAGUACAAUUACUUGGAGCCCCAAGGAUUACAUAUCUAGAUAAGGAUUAUGAUAAGAUGGUUUGGUAUGUGCUUAACAACUUUGUAGAGGUUGA